CGACUAAACUCCUGCACUUUUUUAUUGCCUCUAUAUUCUUUUAACCGACGUCGCUGGCCAACGUCGCCCACCUUCCUUAAAGUUAGUAACAUUUUAUACUAUAAUGUCGACAUGGUCAUGUUCAUCUUGCCCCAAGAGCUUCUCUCGCAAGGGCGAUCUUACUCGCCACCAGCUGCUGCAUACUGGAAUUAAGCCACACGCCUGCGAGUUAUGUCCAAAAAGAUUUGCCCAAUAUUCAGGCCUCAAGACCCACCGCAAUACACACACCAAGGCUAAGCCUUACGUGUGUGGCAUUGGUACUUGUACGAAAGCGUUCAGUGAUCCCUCGUCUUGCACUCGCCAUCGGAAGGAAACUCACAGACGCGAGGGCGCGUAUAAGUGCACUGUACCAGAAUGUGGCACAAGAAUUAAACGACGAUCUGCUUUUGUCGCACACAUGAAGAAGCAUGGAAUCGAUGCCCGAAACCUAGAUUUAGAUGCCAUUGCCUCGUCGGCAAAUGAAAACACUUCUCAACAGUCCAACUUCCAUUUUCUACCUCCCCAAGUAGCCGAUUCUCCUUACUGUCCCCCUUCAGAGACGUCGCUUCCAGGCGUUAACGAAGACAAUUUAGCACAUUGGGUCCCCCCUGCUCCGAUGCCAACGAACAACUACCAGAUGCCCGUUCCUGAAUAUGAUGGGGCCUCUGGCGUGACUAACGGCAUGUAUGACUAUAGUUGGCCGUCUGAAUUUGGUCCUGGACCAUCUAAUUCUUCGUUCACACCUCCGCCAUCCGUAUCUACGUCGCAUAUUGAUGAUUUCGUUUUCGACACUGGAUAUAACGAAUACUUACAACCUAAUGACGCAUUCUCUAGGUUGCCCUCUCCAUAUGCAUCGGCGUCGCCCUCUUUACCUCCUCUCCUUGACGGCUUCGUGGACUGUUUCGGGUCUCGCAUGCGAUCGAUAUCCUCUUCACCAGCUACGUCUUCUAACUCUGCACCGGAUGAUCAGUUAGAUUAUUCACUUUUGGACCACGAUGUAAUCAAGCCAUAUCUUUUGUUCAACACCGUUUAAUUUACCAUACUAAUACUUACACUUCAUGCAUUCAAGGAAUGUCACAGGACGAUUUUUAUUCAUAAUUUAUACCGCAGCACUGUAGCCUACAUACCUCUCACUUUUUACCAUCAUCUGGACUCUUACCCUGAUACCAAGUGGCUUUUAAUAAUAUACUGUACUUUUCAAGCCAAUACAUAUAUAUCGAUGCGUGGAGUUAGAUAAUAUUGCAAUCUGACAACAAACGUAAAUAAAAC